AUGGCAACCCUCAACCCCUCCCAAAACCUCACCACCACCUCCCCGGCCAGCUCCGUCCCGCAACCCUCCAACCCCCUCAACCUAGCCGCCGCCGCCGCCGCCAUGGCCGUCACCGGCACCAGCACCAGCACCACGACCAACCCCUCUCAACAUCCCACCGAACCGCACCAACCGCAUCACCACCACCACCACCACCACCACCACCAACAACAACAACAACAUCUAGACCCCUCCACCCACACCGACACUUACCCGCACCAGAUCACUGGCUCCGGCGGCCCGACCGCCACCGCCCCGUUCCUGCGCGACUUCAGCCUCGUCGCGGAGGCGGCCAAGCGGGCGCAGAUGUCGGUCAUGGUGCGCGAUCUGGAGAGCGUGACGCUAUAG